UCUCGGCUGACGUCAUGUCCGGGUAGGCCAUGUGAAGCAGCGGCUGGUGCAGCUCUCAGGCCUCGACCACAACACACACACCAAUGAUUCCCAUCUGUCCAGUCGUGUCCUUCACCUAUGUGCCCAGCCGGCUCGGUGAGGAGGCCAAGAUGGCUACCGGCAACUACUUCGGUUUCACCCACGGAGCCGCCGCCCAGUACAGCCAGCAACCAACGGCUGGGCUGGCGUACACUCACCCCACCACGGUGGCCAGCUACACCGUUCACCAAGCCCCGGUGGCCGCUCACACGGUGGCAGCAGCCUACGCUCCCACCGCGGCCACCGUCGCCGUGGCCAGACCCGCGCCUGUCGCCGUGGCAGCCGCCACGGCCGCAGCGUACGGAGGAUACCAGCCCACCCACGCUGCCACCGAUUACACGUACCCCCAGCGGCAGCCGGAGGUCCCCCCACCUCCACCACCCGUCACCUCGCAGAACUACCAGGAUUCCUACUCGUACGUGCGGUCCACAGCUCCGGCUGUAGCUUACGACAGUAAGCAGUACUACCAGCAGCCCACCGCCACGGCGGCUGUGGCUGCUGCACAGUCACAGCCCAGCGUGGCAGAUUCCUACUACCAGACAGCCCCCAAAACGGGCUACAGCCAGGGUGUGACGUCAUACACCCAGACCCAGCAGACCCGGCAGGUAACGGUGAUCAAGCCUGCUGCUCCCAGUCCAGCGCCGUCCACCUUCUCCAUCUACCCGGUGACGUCUUCUGUGCAGCCGGUGGCUGCGGCCGCGUCCGUCGUCCCGUCUUACUCGCAGAGCGCAACGUACAGCACCAACGCUGUCACCUAUUCAGGAACGUCGUACUCCGGCUACGAAGCAGCCGUGUACUCUGCAGCCUCCAGCUACUACCAGCAGCAGCAGCAGCAGCAGCAGCAGAAGCAGGCGGCUGCAGCCGUGGCAGCAACAGCCGCCUGGACGGGCAACACUUUCACCAAGAAGCCGCCGUUCCAGAAUAAGCAGCUCCGGCCCAAGCAGCCGCCCAAACCCCCUCAGAUCCACUACUGUGACGUGUGCAAAAUCAGCUGUGCCGGCCCACAGACCUACAAGGAGCACCUGGAAGGCCAGAAGCACAAGAAGAAGGAAGCAGCGCUGAAGGUUUCUCAGAGCAGCAGCAGCAGCAGCAGUGGCGGCAGCGCGCUGGCCCGCAGCGCUCAGAACCAGCUCCGCUGUGAGCUCUGUGACGUCUCGUGCACCGGCGCUGACGCGUACGCCGCGCACAUCCGCGGAGCCAAGCACCAGAAGGUUGUGAAGCUCCACACCAAGCUGGGGAAGCCCAUUCCCUCCACGGAGCCCAGUAUGAUCACUCAGACGUCGUCGUCCACCACAGCUGCGUCCAGUAAGACGGCCACGGCCACCGUGAGCAGCUCCGGCUCCGGCAGCGCCGUGUCCGGCUCGUCUCUCGCCACCUCCGCCAGCUCAUCCUACCUGAAGACCACCGGUGGCGCUGUAGCCGGCGCCAGGAGCCCGCUGGCCAACAGCACCUCUGCUGCUAACGCAGCCGCCGCCAAGAAAGUCAGCACCCCCAAGAUCAACUUUGUUGGUGGAAGCAAAUUACAGACCACAGGAAAGGUGGACGAGGCCAGAGCGGAGGUCAAAGCGGACGCCUCCAAGCCUGCCGGGGCCUCGGCUUCUCAGGACGCCAAAGCUGAAGUUUCCGACUCUCUGUCUGCAUCGGCCCUGGCCGCGCUGCAGAGUGACGUCCAGCCCGUCGGCCACGACUACGUUGAAGAGGUCAGAAACGAUGAAGGCAAAGUGAUCCGCUUCCACUGCAAGCUCUGUGAAUGCAGCUUCAACGACCCCAACGCAAAGGAGAUGCACCUGAAGGGCCGGAGGCAUCGGCUGCAGUACAAGAAAAAGGUGAACCCAGACCUGCAGGUGGAGGUGAAGCCCAGCAUCCGAGCCAGGAAGAUUCAGGAGGAGAAGAUGAGGAAACAGAUGCAGAAAGAGGAGUACUGGAGACGGAGAGAGGAGGAGGAGCGCUGGAGGAUGGAGAUGAGGCGCUAUGAAGAAGACAUGUACUGGAGGCGUAUGGAAGAGGAGCAGCAUCACUGGGACGACCGUCGCCGUAUGCCCGAUGGAGGGUAUCCCCCGGGGCCUCCUGGCCCUCCGGGUCUCCUGGGGGUCCGGCCCGGCAUGCCCGGGCUGCAGCCGCCGGGUCCCAUGCUUCCUCGUCGCCCUGACUCCUCCGACGACCGCUACGUCAUGACCAAGCACGCAGCCAUCUACCCCUCGGAGGAGGAGCUGCAGUCCAUCCAGAAGAUCGUCUCCAUCACGGAACGUGCUCUCAAACUGGUCUCCGACAUCAUCACCGGUCAGGACGAGACUAAGGAAGAGGACCAGGAGAAGAAGGAAGCAGCUAAAGACAGGUGUGUGUCUGGAGGAGAGGAAAGAGAUGACACUUGUUUGAAGCUGGAACGGAAUCCUUCGCUCCAGGAGCCUGCAACAGACACUGGAGCUUCUCUAGCCCUGAAGGGGGUGAUGAGGGUGGGAGUCCUGGCCAAAGGCCUGCUGCUCCGUGGAGACACCAACGUCAACCUGGUCCUGCUCUGCUCUGAGAAGCCGACCAAGAGCCUGCUCACGUCCAUCGUGGAGCAUCUGCCCAAACAACUCACGAUCGUAACUCCAGAGAAGUACGAGGUGAAAGCAUCAAUCCAGGAAGCGGCCAUCAUUCUGACAUCCUGCGGCGAGCCAAAGAUGCAAGUGACCAUCACGUUGACCUCGCCCGUCAUCAGGGAGGAGGCUGGCCCGGAUGGAGAUGUAACCUCGGGUAUGGUGAAAGACCCAGCGGACGUCUUGGACAGGCAAAAAUGCCUUGACGCUCUGGCUGCUCUGCGCCACGCUAAGUGGUUCCAGGCUAGAGCCAACGGUCUUCAGUCAUGUGUGAUCAUCAUCCGGAUCCUGAGGGACCUGUGUCAGCGAGUUCCCACCUGGUCGCCGUUCCCUGGAUGGGCCAUGGAGCUGCUGGUGGAGAAGGCCAUCAGCAGCGCCUCUGCACCGCUCAGCCCUGGCGACGCCCUGAGACGCAUCUUUGAAUGUAUUUCUUCUGGGAUUUUACUCCCUGGAGGACCAGGGUUUAUGGAUCCUUGUGAGAAGAAGCCCGUGGACACCCUGCUAUCCCUGGGAGAGCAGCAGAGAGAGGACAUCACCUCCAGUGCUCAGUUCGCCCUGAGGCUGCUGGCGUUCCGUCAGAUCCAUAAAGUCCUGGGCAUGGACCCGCUGCCGCAGAUGAACCCGCGCUUCAACAUCCGCAACAGCCGCAAGCGUCGCCGGGACAACAGCGACGGCACCGACAGCUUCGAGGGAGAGGGCAAAAAAGACAAGAAAGAUUAUGAUAGUUUUUAAGCGUUUUCCCCGACGAGAAGUAAGCUACACGUAGAAAUGUACUCAGAUGUGUGUGUCCGUCUUGUGAGAGCAGUUUUAUUUCUUUUUUUUUUUUUUUUUUUUUUCCUUUUUAGCUCCAACCCUUGUAACUGCAGCCUAACUUGGUAUUACGCCGACAGAAACGUGAUCCGUGUUGUGAUAGUCGUAGAAUUUGUGAGGCAGGUAAAGCAGCUUUUACCUGUGGGAGCUGCUGGUGCUGCUCCCCUCUGUCCCCCCUCUGUCCUGGGGGGUUGGGGGGUCAGGGUCGGAGCCGGAGCUCCUGGACCUCCGGGUCCACACUGCAAAAACUCAAAAUCUUAAGAAUUUUUUUGUCUUAUUUCUAGUUAAAAUCACUCAUUACACUUAAAACAAGACUCAUCACUG